AUGGCAGACUUUAGUAGAGAUGACAAGGAGAAGGAUAAGUACAGAUCAUUGGACGAUCUAAUCUAAGAGGAAAAAAAAUCUUAUCAUAAGAAUGAUGAUAGACACAGAGACAAUAGAAGAAACAGAGAUAGAGAUAGAAGAAGAUCAAACUCAAACAACAAAGAACAUGGAAAUGGAAGCUACAAAGUCUUUGUGAGCAAUCUUUCCUUUGAUACAACUUGGAAGACUUUAAAAGAUCACAUGAGAAAGGCAGGGGAAGUUGUGAGAGCUGAUGUGUUUAUGGAUGAUAGGGGCAGAUCAAGAGGCCUUGGAAUUGUUGAGUAUAAGUCUAAUUCAGAUGCAACUAGAGCCAUUAAGGAACUACAUAAUAGCACUUUGGAUGGUAGAGUUAUCUUUGCGAGAGAGGUGGGUAUUAUCGAAAAAAUUCUUGCCUUAACGGAUGAUGAGGAGAGAGGUGGCGGUGAAAGAGGCCAUGAUAGAUCUGGGAACGGUGGAGGUGAUUACAGUCACAAGAGAAAUGAUAGAGUUGAAAGAGUUCGAAGAAGUAGGUCAAGAUCAUUAUCUAUUCAAAGAAAGGGCUAGAAAGAUGCUGAUUCAAGAGACAAAGGAAAAAAGAUAUUUAUUGGGAAUUUGCCUUACAGUGUCAGUAAAUAGUAAUUAAAGGAAGCAUUCAAAGAGUUUGGAGAUAUCUUAAGCACUGAAGUUUAGCAUGAUGAUAGAGGAAAGUCAAAAGGAUACGGAAUCGUAAUAUUUUCCGAUUGGGAGGCUGCAGAUGAGGCUAUCAAGCAGAUGGACCAAGCAAAGUUUAACGAUAGAACUGUCACUGUGAGACUCGACAGAAACUAUUGA